GGCGUACAGCCAACGGGAGUCGGUUUGCGUCACGGUUGAGACUGUCUUACUCAUUGUGGCGGGAGCCGAGCAGCUAUAAGCGGAAACUGGGAUGAGAAAACCCUACUUUUAAACACAGGUGUGGGUAGCCCCUCUCCAGUCGGACUCGACACUCUGUCAGGGACACACUUACGUUACCAAACAGUGUAAACUUAUCAUGUGGUCUCAGCUACGGUUCCUCGCCUUUGCCUUAACUCUCAAGGUCGGUGCUCAUGCUGAGAAGACAACAGAUUCCUUGGAAUGCCACGUGAAGGUAGCUGAUGUCGUCUUUGUCCUCGACUCCUCAGUCAGCCUGAGGGAGACAGACUACGACGCCCAACUCGACUUCGUGCAGAAGCUAGUUGUCACCUUUGCCGUUGGUCCCCAAAACAUCCGAGUAGGUAUGAUGACAUUUGGGACAGACAUGAGACUGGACUUCAACCUGAAGGAACACCAGACCAAGGAAGGGUUGAAGGCCGCCAUCAGUAGAGUUUCCUACCUCGGCGAACGACAAGGAACAAACACGGGGGAAGCACUUCAGUACGCACGUUCCAAGAUGUUCGAGAAGGAGAAUGGUGGACGUGACAAUGCAGCCAAGGUCAUCAUACUGAUCACUGAUGGCUAUUCCCACAACCUCGACAAGACUCUAUGGGAGGCAUCCAUGGCCCACAGCGAUGGUAUCGAGGUGUUCGCCAUUGGGGUGGGUGGCAUGGACGACAGGGAGCUCCGGGGGGUCGGAUCCGAACCCAAAGACAAGCAUGUGUUCCGGGUGGACAACUUUAAUGCCCUCCCCCAUAUACAGAAAGCCCUGGAACACGGGACCUGUGAACUUCCCCAUAACGACCAGAGCAAGCCCGAACCUUCUGUAAAGCCAGAAACAGGGUGUGGCGGGAAGCCGGCAGACGUAUACUUCAUCGUCGACAGCUCCUCCAGCAUCUGGAAGCCUGAUUUCCACAAGCAGCUGGACUUCAUCAAGGAGGUCAUCGGUCAGUUCGACCUCGGCCAGGACAGCACCAGAGUCGGCGUCAUCACAUUCAGCGACGGCAUUCAUCCUAUCAUCCCUCUCUCCGGUAGUCAGAACCGCCAGUAUUUGGAAGAGCAGAUCGACAAGAUUCCGUACACUGGUGGUGGAACAAACACAGGUGGAGCUAUCAGGUAUCUCACCGACCACGGAUUUAGUGCUGAUAUUGCCAGGCCGGAAGUUGCUCAUGUAGCGAUUCUGAUGACAGACGGCCAGUCAAAGAACCUGACGAACACAUCCCUUCAGUCCCGGCGUGCCCACAAAGCCGGUAUCUAUCUCUUUGCUAUCGGCAUUGGUCAGUUUGUUGACACACUUGAGCUGAACGACAUCGCAUGCAACCCUGACAAAGACUUUGUAUUCCAAGUGGACGACUACACGGCUCUGACAAGCAUCAAGGAACUACUCGCGAUUAAGGCCUGUCAAGUGCCCCAGAACUUCGUGAAGGAUCAGCCAAGUUCGUGCAGCUUUGACACAGCGACUGACGUCAUGUUUGUGUUAGACUCCGGGGCUAUUGGUCGACGUCACAGUCUCAUGAUCGAACACCUCAUCACUGACGUAGUCCGCGAGAUGGAACUGAAACACCACGUGACUCGUGCCGGAAUCAUCCGAGAGUCCUGUUCUCAAACCCCCGACAUAGGCUUGUCGCAAUACGAUAAUGCCCAUGCAUUCAAACGUCAUUUGAAGAAUGUCGAGCAUAAAGGACUUCAACCACUUAUUCAAAAGUUAAGGAGGUACAGCUUCAAGUCGCGUUAUGGCGGACGGAAGUCAUCUCAGAAAAUUGCAGUCAUAUUUGUUGACGAUAUACUUGACAAUCCAGGGCCUACGAUUCUUGAGGCAAGGAGAGCGAAAUUCACCAACAUCCGGUUCAUUGUGGUCGCUACAGGCAACCAUUAUGAUGAGAAGCAGCUUGAGCAGUUAGUCACGUCUCCAGCCUCAAGAAACGUGGUGCACGUCGACCACUACAAAAACAUUGCCGAGGCCAAAGGGAGGUUACUCUAUUCAAUGUGUGCAGGACGAUGACGACCUCAACAGACCACUGGCUUCUGACGUCGCCAACAACGAUGUAAACUUGGAUGAAGAAACAGGGUGCUCGCUCCUAGCAUCUGCUACCCUGGUCGCCUGUCAGGGGACGCAGCUCGCGAUGUUGUUCAUACUGAGGGCAACACGUCGCUGUGAUUUAACUAUAUAUGUAUAACCUAUUUAUCACUGCGUCGGAUCCACGUAUAGAUAAAAUCAACACUUCAUGUUAUUAUGGGACCAAGACUUUUCAGAAGUACUGUUUGAGAAUUUAUGUCAACAAUUUGGUCAGUUGCAAUCAAAACAACAUUUACCAAAUACGCUCAAACAUUUUUGAUUCCA